AAGGGGAGUGGAGAAAGUGGAGAAAGGAGGCGCGGAGGCGGGGGAGGAUGGCACGGGCGCCCAGUGCCCACUGCCUUGGAAAGGGAUAGGGAGAGACAGCUGGACCCUGGCAACUUUCAGCCUCGCCCCCUUCUCCUCCCUUCCCAGGCGCCCCCUUGUCUCCCCUUCCCACUGCCUUGGUUGCAAACGGGACCUCCGCUGCGUAAAAAGGGGUUUGUGCUGCGCGCCUUGCCUCCACCCUCUGCCCUGCGCGCUCCCCUUCCCUCGGGGUUGCAGCGGGGAUCCAGUCCAUGCAGCGUCGCUUUCGAGGAAGUCUGCUGAGGGGAGUCUUUUGGAAACAUUUCCCUAGAAGAGAGCAGGACAAAGACAUCGUUCCCCCUGACUUUCUCUCUUGAUGCAACUUGCUUUGGAAUCCAGCGCCUGGGGAGAAGAGAGCGUCUGUGCAAAGGAAACUUCUGAGACAUCUGCUGCUAAUAAACUGGAAGCUGAAACAGAGGGAAGAAGAGAGAGACGACCUGCCCAGCUUCAUGAUGGAUUGUUGCUCAGCAAGUACAGUUGAACUGGUCCUUGCAAAGUUAAUAAUGACAGGCUGAUGGCUUGGGCAUAUCUCAUUGCACAAAUAUAAAUUGUCUUCUGAAGUUGUAACUGGGAGACGUUGAGGAAGGUCCGGUGCAAUUUCAGCUCUUUGCUCUACACACUACUCCAGUACUCCCCUUUUUCCAUGCCCAUGUGAAUGUACACAGAGCUAGCAAGCUUGGUAUAUAAUUGAGGAGCCUUGGGAUAUUCUUGCCAUGGCCUCGGCAGAUGGGCUGCAGUACCGAGCUCUCUAUGAAUAUAAGAAGCAUCGGGAAGAAGACCUGGCUCUCUCUCCGGGGGACUUGCUGACAGUCAACAGAGCUGGGUUUGUGUGUAUGGACUACAAAGAAGGUGAAGAGAGGAACCCCAAAGGCUGGCUGAAUGGCUUUAAUGAACGUACCAAGGAGCAAGGAGAUUUCCCAGGGACCUAUGUAGAAAACCUGGGCCCCGUGAGGAUCAUGACCCCCACCCCAAAGCCCCGGCCCCUGCCUCCAACACCUUCCAAACAACUGAGGGGGUCUCCUGGGCAGAAGGAGCUUGUUGAUCAGAUAAAUAUCCCAGAACAAGCACCACUGGUUGUAAUGAGGCUUGUGGACGCUUUAGAGAAAGAAGGCUUAGAUAGUGAAGCUCUUUACCAAGCCCCUUCAGGAUCUUUCUGGGAUCCUCAACUAAAACAGUCUCUUCUGACAGACAUGGCAUCAGUUGAAUUGGACUCAUUUGAUGGGCAGACGUUAGCUGCAAUGCUUUGGUGCUACCUGAAGGAACUCCCUUGCCCUGUGAUCCAUCCAGCAAUAUAUAGUGAAUUGCUCUUCAUAGUUCAAGAAACACAGACUCUGGAAGAGUGUGGUCAACAAGUAAAGAUGGUGCUGGAAUCUUCCUGCCUGCCUCAGUGGCACAGACUUCUUUUGCAACAUCUGACUAGGCAUUUCUGUAAAGUGUGCCAGAACAACACCAAGAAUCACCUUACACCUAGGUUACUUGGAGAAGCCUUUUGUGGAGUGCUUUUUAAACCAUCCUUAUCAAGCAUGGAGAUGAAUCUUGAGCACCAUGUGAAGAUUAUUGAAGCUCUCAUUGUAGCUGGUGGAGUGUCUGAGGCCCAGGCAGCACCAGCUCUUCCUCCAAAACCUUCCAAACCAAUAACUCCAAUAAAUACAAAUGGACUAAAAGAGAAUUGCAUCUUAUCACUGCAGGAUGCGGAAUGGUACUGGGGAGACAUCUCAAGGGAAGAAGUGAAUGACAAACUACGAGACAUGCCAGAUGGAACUUUCCUGGUUCGAGAUGCAUCAACAAAGAAACAAGGAGACUAUACGCUGACACUAAGGAAAGGUGGAAACAAUAAAUUAAUAAAAAUUUACCAUCGGGAUGGAAAAUACGGUUUUUCUGAUCCACUGACAUUUAAUUCUGUUGUGGAGCUAAUUAACCACUAUCACCAUGAGUCUCUUGCCCAAUAUAAUCCUAAACUUGAUGUGAAACUGAUGUACCCUAUAUCCAGAUACCAGCAGGAUCAGUUGGUAAAAGAAGAUAAUAUUGAUGCUGUAGGCAAAAAGCUUCAGGAAUACCACACUCAAUAUCAAGAGAAAAGCAAAGAGUAUGACAGAUUAUAUGAAGAAUACACCAGAACAUCACAGGAAAUUCAAAUGAAGAGAACAGCAAUAGAAGCGUUUAAUGAAACAAUUAAAAUAUUUGAAGAACAAUGUCACACCCAAGAGCAAUAUAGCAAGGAAUACAUUGAACGAUUCCGAAGAGAAGGGAAUGAAAAAGAAAUUGAAAGGAUUAUGAUGAAUUAUGAAAAAUUAAAAUCACGCCUGGGGGAGAUUCAUGAUAGUAAGCUACGUUUAGAACAGGAUUUGAAGAAGCAAGCCCUGGACAAUCGGGAAAUUGACAAGAAAAUGAACAGUAUCAAACCUGAUCUUAUUCAGCUGCGCAAAAUCAGAGAUCAGUACCUUGUUUGGCUCAAUCAUAAAGGAGUGAGGCAGAAACGAAUAAAUGACUGGCUGGGAAUCAAAAAUGAAAACAUUGAUGAUACAUACUUUACGAACGAAGAGGAUGAAAAUCUGCCACAUUAUGAUGAAAAGACCUGGUUUGUAGGUGAUCUCAAUCGUAUUCAAGCAGAAGAUUUGCUUUGUGGAAAACCUGAUGGGGCAUUUUUAAUUCGGGAAAGUAGCAAGAAAGGCUGUUAUGCUUGUUCUGUGGUAGCUGACGGCGAAGUUAAACACUGUGUGAUUUACAGCACUCCUAGAGGUUAUGGGUUUGCGGAGCCCUACAACCUAUAUAGCACCCUUAAAGAAUUAGUCCUCCAUUACCAGCAUACCUCCCUUGUCCAACACAACGAUUCCCUCAAUGUCCGGCUGGCGUAUCCUGUCUACGCACAGAUGUCCUCCCUCUGUAGAUAAAUUCCAGGAGGGUGAAAUAUAGGUGAAGUGUUGGUUAUCUUGGAUUUCUUUUCUACCAUUUUUACUAGAACCCAGAGGGCAUUCUUUCUCCUUAGACUGCUUGUUUUGCACAAGAAGUGAUUUGAUGAAUGUGAAUUGGAGACCUAGCAGCAACAAGAUAACAGCUUUGGGGUAGGUGCCCUGGUGCUACCUGAAGAUCGGAGGUGUUUUUAUAUAAGGAAACACUGUCUCUUGUUCUCCCUUUAAGGAACAAGGAAACUCUCAAAAUGCAUACAAAACAACUAGAAGCAAAACUGUGGAGAGAAGUAUUUUUGCCAGGUGCCAUCAGCGGAACUUCUACUUGGAUUUUGUUUUUCUGAGGUCUUGGUAAUUGUCGUUCAGUCUUAUUACGCGCCAGGAAAUGGGGAAAGUUCUGUGCAGCGGAAACCUUUCCUUGAUAAUUUUAGCAGCCUUGCUGCAAGUCAGACAAACUUUUUAAAAAAUGAGGGCUCAUCUUGAUGUAGCAUGGUAUUUGAUGAGAGGAGACCAAAGGAAUUAUGGGGAGAGUUUCAGGUUCAUAUUUAAAAGGAAUAUCCUCAAAGAAAUGUUGCUUUAUAUUUUACCAACAAUAACAGUUUGGUUUCAACAGCACUACAGGUCUUCAAAUAAGAGAAACCAAACUGAACCCACCAAAACUUCUCUCAUUGCUGGAUUGAGCACUUACCAGAAAUAAAUUGCAUUUGCAAUCGCACACUUGCCAAAACUUGAAGAUAAAAAAUGUAAAAGCUAAAACUUUCUUGUGUAGUUUUCAAAACUUUCAAACUCUGACCUGUUGUAACUGCACCACUUUCCCCAUGUUACUUUGAAACUAUGUUUUCUUUCUUCCCAGGAUUUUGUUUUUAAAAUCAUAUUAAGCUUUGGAAUGUAAACCAGAAUGAAGCUGGCUCUUGACAUGCUUAUGCUAAACAAUUAAUAUUCUGUUUGAAAACAUUUUGUUUUGUUCUUUUUUAAAAAAAAAACCUAAAAGUGCAAUGGAUUACUUCUCAGCGGCUUGCUAAACCAAAAAACAAACAAAAGCCCUACAACAGCAGAAACUAAGUGCAGUCCACUUUAUUGAAAGUGACUUCAAAACGAUACUUGUAACAUAUUUGGAUUGCAUGCUAAAUUGUUUAUUCCAUUGCACUGAUUGUCUACUUACCCUUAGAAUUCAUUGUUGGUUUACAAUGAGGCAGAAUAUUUGGGCAUUUGAGUUCUGUGAGACUAGUCGAGAUAUAAAGUGGUAGAAUUUAUCAGUACGUAAACAGCUUUGCGUGGUCUACAUUUGCCAUGUCAGAUUCAUCUGGACUAUAUGUAACACCAGUGAAAUUAUAGCAGAGUGAGAACUGGAUCAAUUAGACUGUGAGAGGUAGAGCUGGUACAAUGCUAUUUUGACUUUAUUGUCACUACCCUUGUUGAAUCUUUAUGGUCAUUAUUAAAGAUGAUAUUUGAGUUAGAACAUUUCCUUACACAAAAUGGGGGGAAAUUAAGCAAAUUUAGCAUGAAGUCUUUCCUUUUUCUUUUUUUCUGGUGUAAUAUUUGAAGUGCAUGCCAGGGAGUUGGGACAUGGAUCAUUUCUGGCUCCACCGUACCUUCAGUGCCACCUUGAACCCUGAGACUGUUAGACUAAUGUUUACACAAAGCAGAAUGCACUAUAGAGGAGCAUAGAAGUAUUAAGCAGAAUAUGGAAUUGCUGAUCAGGAAAAUGAUGAAUCUUGAGCACUAAUCAGCAGAUGGAGGGGCCAAACUAGUUUUCCGGAUAUGUCCAUAAAGCACUUCUGUUUUGCACUAAUCUACCACCACUUAAGCUGAUCAGCUUGCAGCAGCAGCAUCUUCUGAAUUGGAAUGGUGGUUAUGACAUGACCCUGAAAUCUCUUUUAGGAAAAGAUACUAAAUGAUGGCAUGUGCUGCCACUUUCUGCAGCCCCCCUCUCCCCAUACCUAGAUGCCCCACUCUCCUCCCUCCCCCCAAUCCACAAGCAAUAUAUUUGUUCUUUCAAUGUUGCUCUGGCAUUUACAGCAGGAAGACCUUCCAGAGACCGGACCAACUUGCACAUUUUAAUUUGAUAUCUGCAUAUUACCUAGUUUUUAUUUCACGCAGUUUAGCCUAAAACAUAAUGUCCUUUUCUCCAGGAACAACUUAACAUCUAGCCAAUGAAAUACUCAUUGGCAGCAUAAAGCAUCAUGACACAAUUGCCAGGGCUUUAGAUAACUUCAGUCUUUUUUGCCCAUAUAAACUCAUUGACCAGAAAUCUCUUAUGCUGGUGUAGCCAGGACAUGUGCCAAAUGAACUCUUUUUUUCUGAUGUUAUGUAAGGAUGUAUCCAGUACCUCCUCACACGACAGUUUUGUCAGACUAGGCAAUUGUUGUCAAAGAGUGCCAAGGCACAGCUUGGCCCUCCAGCUCCCUCCUGCCACCAUCAGCUGGAUUCCUUUGCCCACCUCCUCCUGCACUGGCCUCCCUUUGCCUUUGACAUCUGGGAUCAUUGGUGUAAGCACACAAUGUGAACUUUAUGCUUUGCCAGCUUCAAAUAAGAUCUUGUCCUCUCAUUUCCGUUUUUGUUUUAAAUAUUAAUACAUUCAUAAAUAAAUGCUUUCUUUAAACUUUUCAUUUACAUUUCCCAGUUAACUUUGUGUAUGCUUCCUUUCAAAAGCUUCCUUCCUGUACGUUCUUUUAAAUGAGCUUAUUCUGACAUACUUAGAUUAGGACAGCAUACAAAUUAAAUUUAUAUACAGCUUCCUUUUAGUUCGCUUCCCUUUCCACUUGGUUUAGGUAAAUAAGAAACAGCUGUUGGUGUCAUCCAUCUGGUGUUCACAUGCUUCUGCUUGCCUCUUGUGUUACACUUUUUGGACAUACUUACUAAGUGAAAAAUCAUUUUGAAGGCAAUUGAAAUACUGGCAAGUUUUUUACUACCAUUCUCGUUCAGCUUUCUUCCACUUUUCACUUUUAGCUGACCUCAAGUGACUGCAUCUUAAUCUUCAUGGUUCAAAUCACCUUUAUUAUAAUUUGUCUUGCUAGUAUCAAUAACUGUCUUUGAAGCUAAAACAAAUGCACAAGAGAAAACUGCAGAAGUUAAAUGGAUAAAUGUAGGGCUAAAGUUCAGGAAAGCUCACUAUGUUCUCAAAGCAAACUGAGUAAGCCUUACUUUGGUGGCACAUGAUUGUGUUUUAUUUUUAAUACAAGAGCUGUGGAACAUAUUUAUCUAUAUGACCCAUCUAGGUAAAUCUCCCCACCAAUGUUACUUGAUAAGGGGUUGUGUGAGGUAAAAGAGUGUCUUCUAAUAGUCUGUUUAUCUGAAAUGCAUUUUCAAGGACUGCAAAUGAUUUAGUAUUUUGCUUUCUCCAAGUGGAACACUGCUUCUCUUUUUGCAGUUGUUUUCCUUGUUGUGAUGCACAAUAGAUCCGCUAAGAAUGAAAAGUGAUUGAACUGCCAGUCCUUUUGCUGACUAGUUUCUUUGCCAGUCACACUCCAUAAGAACAAACACACACACACACACUUGAUGAAAUGUUCCUGGAAGAAUAGAUGCGGGAAGCAUACAGUAUUGUUUUCUCUAUUCCCAUUUUGCACAAAGCAGUACCUUAACCAAUUUAUUUAUUGGAAUAGGAAUAAAUCCAGCAUCCACUGGUUUCUUUCUAGCCUGCAAAUCAAAAAUUCCAUAUUAGGUAUACAUAAGUUCCUGGUUAUGUAUGUGAGACCUCAUUGCUCAACCCCCCCCCCCCCCAACACACACACACACAUACACACACACAUUAUUGGUUCCUUGCACUGCAUCAGAAACCACAUGUUAAACCCCCUGAGUCUCAGAGGUAACCUGUCAAACAGUUGGAGCUGCUACGAGCAGGAUGCGUAUGUUUUUAAAACUCUUCCACGGACAGAGCACUAGUUGUGCAAACCUUAGGGUUCUGGCUUCAAACGAAAAGUGCUCCAAAUACAUAGUUUGUUUACCCCACAGCCCACCUUCCAAAUACAUUUGCAGCCCUAUCUUUCCACAAAUUGGCAUGCACAAUCCCUCCAAACCCAGCACUUUUCACUUAAGAACUGUUGGUGUUUCAGUAAGUUUAAGAAUAAAUGAAAACCACGCCAAAUUAUUUUAUAUGUAACAGUCCAACACCAAGCUGUGGAAGCUCAGGAACUGGGAUAGGAGCAAUUUUUUGCCUGUCUCAGCACAGGCAGACAAUAGUCUGUAGAAGCAAAGGUUUAGACUUACUAAGUCUUACACAUCUUUUUCUAAAAACAAUUGAAAUGUGGUCACAUCUUGUGCUAUAUUUAAGGGCUUGGAUGGUUUGGGUCUAAUUAUGCUGUUGUUUGCUUGCUGUGGAAAGCCUUGACAACAUUUACACUGAGUUAAUGCUGUUAUGUUCACGUAGCAAUUUUCCUGUUUUAAGAUCACAUUUGCUAAUGUAGAAAAUCCUCUUUUUUGGUACUUGAACAAUAUGUGAGUGUGUGCAUGUGGGUGUAUGUGUAUGUGUGGUGGUAGCAUUUUUGAUUCAUACUAAGACAGGGAAUACAAAUCUAAAGUGGUAGUGAAUAUUCUGUGGUGCGCACAAGCAAACACAGAAAAAUGAGGUAAAAAGUGCAGAACUGGGCAAGCAUUUCAGUGUAUUCAAAGUUUUAUUUCAUGUUCUUUGUUUUUGUUUUUAUUUGUUCACAAUUUUACUUUAUUUGUUAACAUGAAUCCUUCAAGAUCUGCUUUGUGGUUUGAGAAUUUUUAAAAUAUUCCUGAAGUAAAGAUUUACUUUCAAUGUUGACUUGUCCUUUAAAAUAUUUGCAGCUGGAAGCAGUCAGACCUUUGGCUUGAGUAUCUUGAAACCUCCAUUUGCUGAUGGUGCAACAAGAUUUAACCAUAUUUUCAGAUACAGUACUGUUUCUUUUCUAAAACCCACCUCAUACCCUCCCUAUUCCAAAAAUGAACUGUUUUAAAAUAUCACCAUGUGAUAUGUUGACAGGUAAAGUUACAUUUUUAAGCGUUGUUUCUUCUUUUGUCAUUCUCACUCUCUUUACUCAUUCUCCCUGGACUCUUCUUUACUUGCCUAGGACUGUCAGGGAAUUUUCCUCACUUUCCAGCCUCAAAAGUGAGGAACCAUGGAUUCAGUUCUCUAGGCACACACCUUGUCGCUGCAUAUUAUGUAAACCCUAAAUCUCAAACAACCCCCCCUCUUUAUCACAAAACAACAUUUUGGGCCCAAAUUGUACAAGAAUGGGGAAUUCCAGUGGAGUUUUUAAAAAAGAAUAGGAAAAAUGGUUUGGGAAGUAAUUAAAAUCCAAAGGAUACAGAACUGCUGAAAGAUCAGAGUAAGUUCUUCUCUAGGUAUUGUUUUCAGUUUAAAGCAAUAAAAAGUUUUCAGUUAGAUUUAGGAAUCAGCUUUGUGGGAGGAAAUGCUAUUUUUUCCUUGCAUUAUACUCCUGACCUAAGUCAGACAUACCUCCAGCACAUGCUAUUUACCUGGUAGAGGAGAACAGGUGCACAGUUGUGUGUUGUCUCUUGCUUCCUACUGCAGUAAAGUUCAGUGGUAUGAUUAAGAAUGGGAUGUAACCUAGGGUAAAUGUUCAAGCAACUCCUCUCCAACCACCAUUUCUCUUGUGUAAAUUUAGGGACCAUGCAAAUGCGUUGAACUAAAACACUACAGGGAAGAUCUGAUCAUGCAGAAUCCAUUUUAUCUAAUUUGGUCCAGAGAGAAAAACUUUCCUUUUCAGAAUAUGUUUGGACUUGACUAUAAGAAAUAGUGAUCUGAUGUUUUGCUGGCUGAAAACUACUCCAGGGCGGGAAUUCUUGGGAAUCUCACAAAUCUAUUUUGUUCCAAAGAAUACACGAGGAUUGAAAUCAGUCUGUGACUUUUCUAGAAGAUAAAAAGUUUUAAGCACUGGCAUAUUGGGCUGGCUCUGUAGAUUUUAAUGCAGAUUUUUCCAUGAUUCACAACAUGCUUUGGUCCUUUCUCAUCCCAAAUGCAGACGUCCUAUUGACUUAGAACUUAGCUUGAAGAACUCUAUUCAGAGGCAUCUUUUGUGUUUGGUAGAACUUAGCGACUCAUAAAUACAAUAAUCAUCACAUGUAGCGAUAACACUUUUUCUUUGAAGUCCAUUCUGUUAUUUCAUACUGCUUCAUAUCUUGCCUAUAUCCAUGAGAAAAUUGCACUUUCUCCAGUCCACAUCUCGGGCCACCUUUUCUUUUCCCAGGCACAGUGCUGACAUUUGCUGCAGUUAUACACAAAUUACUUUUUCAAGAUAUUUUUCAGGAGUCAACAUGCUCCUCUCCCUCUUCGUCAUGAGUCUGUUGGUUGCACCCUUAAAGAUGCCAGCCAGCUGUUCAAGUAAAUCUUUUAAAGUGCAGAGUGUUUUGGUCUUUGAGUGACUGAUUGCAAAGACGUUUGACUCAGUCUGUUGAUAACUUUAUAAGUUUUGCCAGUUUACAGCACCAUGGGAUUGUACUGGUCUGCAACUAAUCGCUUCCCCCUGCCCCUUUUCUCGCUGUGUGUGUGUAUAUGUACUGUAUGUAUAUAGAUAUAUGGAAACUAAAUUCACAUACACAUGUCCUUAUAUGCAUUAGCCAUACGUGGCUCUAGCCCUCUGAAAGUCCCAUUUCACUAUUUGCACUUACUUUACUCACCCCAUGAUGGAAAGCUGGGAUUGUUCUUUGGUUGCCCCCCUCCCAACAUGGAGUCUAUCACUAAUAUUCUUGAUGUACUUUUUAUUUCUUUUUUUAGUGUUUUACUUAUUUGAUCCAAAUAAAACAUGAAAGUUUAUUCAAAGCAAAGUUAUUAUGUUUUAUAGAAGCUCCAUUUCUUUUGAGAUACAGUAACUGUUGCACAUUUUCAAAUUGGUGGAAGCCCUAUCUAGAAUGAAUGUGCAAAGGAGAGCCGUAGCAUUAAUCACUGUGUAAGGCGAGUAUAAUGUUUGUAUCUCUGUAAGAAUGAGUGGGUAAACGUCAUCUUGUAUUGAGACAUGCCAGGACUGUGCACUCCUUUGUACAUCCCGCACAUGAACAUUGCAUUCUUGAAAUCCAUUUUGGUUUUCCUUUUAAGGGAUGCUAUUUGUCAAAGAUUUGCUUCUCAUGAAGCAAUGGGGAUUGUUUUUGUUUUUGUUCUUUUUAAUAUGAAUUCCAGCAUGUAACUUUGGUAGUCUUGUUGGUAUGUAAAACCUGUUCUUCUGUCAUUUUAUGGUAUAGUCAACUUCAUGUAGUUUAACUUUUAAAGAGAAACUGCUUCAUGAAGAAAACAGUUGUAUGUUAGUCAUAUUGUAGUUUCUAGAUGAGUAAUGCAACAUUGUACUUGUCACCAAAUGUGCUAUGAUCUUACUGUAUGUUUCUAUUUUUUAAAUAGAUGGUUGAGCUUUGGAAUCCCAGACACUAAGCAUUCUGGCCUACUUUGCUUUAGAAUAAAAAUGCAAUAAAAGAUUGCAAUAAAGCACAUUUAAAUGUAAUGUUUUAGAAGGAUGUACUGACCGCUGUUUCUAAUAAAUUCAGAAAUACAGCCUA